UUCUCUCCCCGUGUGGCGUCGCCUCGGCAUGGCGGACACGCUAGAGCCCAUCGUCAUCCCUCCCAUGGUGGUGGAGAAGCACUUCACGUGCUCGGGCUCGGGACUCCGCUUCGAGGAGCAGGAACGUGUCUCCGCUGACAGUCUCCGUUCCCUGCUGCUCCCGAGUGCUGGAAGGAACGGUAUAGGUGACCGGGAUAGGCCCAAAGCUUGGUGGGGUGCGCAGAGCUUGUUCUACGGAAUGAAAUACACGAAGACGAUGACGAUCGCUCAACUUCGGGCGCAGCUGGAGGACGCAUUGCGCGACAAGAAAACAGCUCUGCGCGUCCCGCAGAGCCUCCUCGAUCUGGAGUACCAGUCCAACAAAGAGUUUCGCGAGCUGAAUGCCCAGGUGCGAGACAAGGCGGGCAUGGGUGCGGGUGCUGGCACAGGCGCAGGCGGAAAGCGGAAGAGGGCGACCACAGAUGAAUCUGGCGCCACGGAAAAGACGACCAAGUCAGCAGCUUCUCAGAAGAAACCUCGCUUGCAAAAGGCAGAAGCUGCCCCGGUUCCUAAGACAAAACCACGUACCAAACAGACGGCAAAGAAGUCGACGAUGGACGUCGUUCCUGCCCCGUCUUCGUCCAAACCUGCGCCAAAGCAAACGGCUGCGAAUUCAACGUCAGCGUACGAUAUUGAAGGGUUCGAACCCAUGGACGUGGACGUCGAGCCAAUGGUCCAGCAAACGAAGCAGACGGCGCGGAAGUCGACCGGCGGCCGUCCUCCUGCGCUCCAUCCAUCCCGGUCGCGCAACACCAAGCGCCAGCCGCGCGCGGACAGCGUGUCAGGUCACUGGUUCAUCCGCUGCCCGUUCAUCACUGAGAGCUGGGGCCAUGAUGAUCUCUCAGUCAACAUCGUGCAAACCGGCGCCUCGUUACUUGGCGAAUUCGACUUUGGCGUCAUUCGCGGGCUAAUUCGAUCUGAACGCGUCGAGCCGCGGGGCGCGAAUGGUGCGUAUGUCGCGCUUUUAUGGGCCGGGAAAACGGGAGAGGGAUAUGAUGGUGGUAUCAGUCCGCCGAAUCCCACCCGCAGCGGGUACAUCAAGUUUACGGGCGAUCACUUGAAGGGCCAGAUGAACUCGGUCCCCGCGUGCGGGAACAGUUUGGAGUUCGACGGCCAGUGGGUUGGCCCGGGGGUUGGAAUCACGUCGAAUUGGGGUGAUUACAGCCAGGAUGCGUAUGAGAGAGCUAAUCGCAGUCGGUGGGGAAAUAGAUGGUGA